AUCCGCUAUAAAUUCCAGGCAGCGGAGCGAGUCUUCGUGCUUCAUCUUCACGGCAACGUCGCCUUCCUCUCUCCCUCUUCUCUCCAUCUCUCCCUCUUCUCCCUCUCCCGCUCUCUCUGUAUCACAGCAUGAGUGCCUCUGCCUCUCGGAAGGCUCUCAGUAAGAUCGCGUGCAACCGUCUGCAGAAAGAGCUCCUCGAAUGGCAGGUCAACCCCCCCGCCGGAUUCAAGCACAGGGUUACCGAUAAUCUCCAGAGGUGGAUUAUUGAUGUGGUUGGGGCGGCUGGGACGCUCUACGCGAACGAGACGUACCAGCUUCAGGUCGAUUUCCCCGAACAUUAUCCCAUGGAAGCGCCGCAGGUGAUUUUUCUCCAUCCUGCGCCUAUGCAUCCUCACAUUUACAGUAAUGGCCAUAUUUGUUUAGAUAUUCUGUAUGAUUCGUGGUCUCCAGCCAUGACCGUGAGUUCCAUAUGUAUCAGUAUUCUUUCCAUGCUCUCAAGCUCCCCCGCAAAGAAACGUCCUGCGGAUGAUGAGCGCUAUGUGAAGAACUGCCGCAAUGGUCGGUCACCAAAGGAGACCAGAUGGUGGUUCCAUGACGACAAGGUGUAGAUAAGGUGCAAACAAAUCCCAAUUGUGACUACAAAAAGCAAUGUACCGGUCUUAAAAAUAGAUGGGCGUUCCUUCAAACAGCAUACUGCUUUGUUCUUCUGCGGUGCCAGCCUCAGCUGUUUUAGGGGCAAGCAAGCUCCUUCAUUCAGGAUGUGCUAACUGCUGGUGCAUGUAAGGGGGGGAGAACAGUAGGUCUGUAUUUAGAUGUCUGUCGAGUAAUAGAUAAACUUUAUCUUGGUAA